AUGACUGGGGAGCGAGUCCCGCCUGGUCCCCUGGGAGCUCCGAGUGCGCGGGCCGGGCUCGCCGCGGGCCGCCUUUUAUACCCUUCCCAGUGCAUCCUGCCCGCCGCAGAUCGCUGCCAGGGAAGGAAAGGUGCCGCCGGGAGCGACGGCAGAGCCUUUGGGCUCGCUGCCCCUGCACCGCGCUCGGCGAGUAGGCUGCGGGACGCUGCUGACAACUGGUGGCGGCCACCUCCUCCUCCUGCUCCUCGGAUUUAUCGCCGAUGCUCGUCACAGACCAGCAGCUGCGCCGAGAAAUGUCCCGCGCCAGCACCCGGAGGCUCGGCUGCCCGCAGACACCUACCCCCGGCGCGCUGCCCGGCCGGUGCCGAUGCGCUCUGCGAGCUGCGGAGCUCCUUCGCUCGCUCGCCGCUGUCGCCGGCCCGGAACGGCGAGGUAGCGGCCGGAGCCGGGAGGAGCCGGACCGAGGGGUCCCCGGUGCUGGGGCAGCCGGGCGGCACCCCGGGCAGAGCCGCAGCAGUGCCGCCGCAUCGGCGGAGGAGCCUCCGCUGUCCCCUGGUUCACCUCGAAAGGCCCGGCUUGUAUUUCUGCCGGCCGCGGAGGAAGGAGCCGCCGGCUACAGUCCGUCUCAGCCUCUCGAUGCAGGUUCAAGCGCGGGUCACCGAGGGAAAGGGAGGUGAGGGCGGAAAGGAAACACCAAACCCGCCGUGCCCAGCUCCUCUCCCCGGGAUCCACUGCUCACCCUCGCCUGAGGCUGCCUGGCAUCCCGUCGGGGCUGCCGCGGUCGGAAAGAGGCGCUCAGCACCGGCGGGCCCUCCGCCUGCAGGCGCGCCGCAGAGGGGCUCGCUCCCGGUGCCCGCGGGCAGGCACCGGGAGCUGCGGCCCCGAGCGGGAGGAGCGCGGCGGUACCGGGGCGCCCGGCGGGGCUGGGCGGGCUGUGCCGGCUGGGGCUGA